CCCCUCCAAGUUCCAACCCAAGGCCGCGAUUUCUGUUUCCGCAUCGAUUGAAGCAGAAAACAAAGCACAGCACAAAAUGGCGGUUAUCUACGUCGACGAAGAAGCCGGAAGCGAUCUCCCCGAGAUUCAGGGCACUGAGGCCGCCCCCUUCAAGACUCUUCUUGAAGCCUACUACCGCCACGGAGCCGAGUCCGAGUACCAGGUCAAGAAGAAGGACGAUGAGGAGGGGUACAAGCCUGCUGCCAAGUCAGCCCUGAAGAAGGCUGUCGCCUACGCUGCUCAGCAGAAGAAGAAGGCCGAGGCUGCUGCUAAGCGAGCUGAGAAGGAUGCUCAAGACGAGGCCGCUCGUUUGGCUGUUCUCGAGGAGGCUAAGAAGCUGAAGAUCACUAACGACCCUUCACUUCCUGAGCCUGUUGCGAUCAACCUCCAAGAGACCGACCCUUCAAAGAUUGGUACACUCCGAAAGAGCAAGGAUGAGCCUACUGAGGGAGUCAAGCGCGUCUCCGUUCAGGGUCGUGUCAACCGUGUUGCUAAGCAGGGUGGUCUUAUUUUUGUAACCCUGCGCCGCGGUCUCAACUUCAUGCAAUGUCUGCUUUCUGGAGAUCUCUCCAAGACCUAUGAUGCUCUUACCCUUUCGAGAGAGACCUCUCUCGAGAUCAUUGGUGAGCUUUGGGAGGUUCCCGCCGGUGCUCACGCCCCUCUCGACCGAGAACUUCGCGCCGACUACUUCAGAGUCAUUGCCAAGGCCCCUGGUGGUGAUGAGGCUUUCACCAACUUGGUUCCCGUUGACGGUGACACCAACACCCUCAUGAACCUCCGCCACCUUACCCUCCGCCACGAGAAGCCCGCCGCCGUCAUGUUCGUUCGCGACAUCGUUGAGGAUGCUUUCCACACCGUUUACAAUGAGUUGGAUGUCAAGAAGGUCAGCCCUCCUGCUCUUGUGCAGACUCAGGUCGAGGGUGGUUCUACUCUUUUCAAGUUCGACUACUAUGGCGAGACCUCAUACUUGACUCAGUCCAGUCAGCUUUACCUCGAGACUGUCCUACCUGUCCUUGGUGACUGCUACUGCAUUGAGAAGUCUUUCCGUGCUGAGAAGUCUCUUACCCGUCGCCAUCUUUCUGAGUACUCCCACGUCGAGGCUGAACUGGAUUUCAUUACCUUCGACAACCUCCUGGACCAUCUUGAGCACGUCAUCUGCCGUGUCAUCGACCUGACCCUCGAGAACCCAGUUGCCGCUGAGGCUAUCAAGAAGUACAACCCUGACUUCGAGAAGCCUUCUCGACCUUUCUUGCGCAUGCGAUACUCUGACGCCAUUGAUUGGCUGCGAGAGCGUGGUAUCAAGAACGAGGAUGGCAACGACCACACCUUUGGCGACGAUAUUGCCGAGGCUGCUGAGCGCAAGAUGACCGACGAGAUCAACCGCCCCAUCUUCCUCACUCACUUCCCUGUCGAGAUCAAGUCCUUCUACAUGUCAAGGGCUAAGGACGACCCCCGCGUGACCGACUCCGUCGAUGUUCUGAUGCCUGGAGUUGGCGAGAUUGUCGGUGGCAGCAUGAGAAUUUGGGACUAUGAGGAGCUCAUGGCCGGUUACAAGCGAGAGGGCAUUGACCCUACAGGAUACUUCUGGUACACUGACCAGCGCAAGUACGGAUCUACUCCUCACGGAGGAUACGGUUUGGGAGCUGAGCGAUUCCUGGCGUGGCUUCUCAAGCUCUGGACUGUGCGAGAAGCUUGCUUGUAUCCCCGAUAUAUGGGCAGAUGCACACCGUAAACGAUGCGCUUAUGAGAUGUAUAACGAAAAUGGAGUACAGGGCUUUGAUAUAGUAGAACAGACCGCUCUAGAGUUAACGUCUAGAAUGAAUUUGCGAGACUGCUUUACUCACCAUUUGUUGCA